UCUUUCUCGGCUGUUAACUGCCAGCUUAUUUUGCGCAUGUUUGUUCGUCAAAAAGCAGCACUGACAUGGAGGUAGAAGCCGUAUAAUGUAUCCCUAAACAACUCAGGUUCGGCGCUUGGUCUUUGCUAGCAACACUGCUAGCUCAUCAUCAUCAACGGCAAGCUGAGGAGAGCAGGAAAACUAGCUUCCUGGAACUACGUGUUGAUGCUUGCCUGAGGCAUUUCCUCAUAAGGACCAGGGGUGAUAAUUAUUUGGAAUAUGUUGCUGAAAGUCAUUCUGAUAGUUGGUCGCUGUUUGGUGACCGGUUCUCUAGCCUGCUAACGAUACGGUGCGCAGUUGAAUACAGUUUCAGGCGGACCCGAACAAGUGUAUCGCUUUCAUACAGCUGGAAAACGUCGAGAGAAAUUUAAAAGGCUACAAAAGGAAUUAUUAGCCCUGCAAAAUGAUCCACCCCCAGGAAUGACGCUUAAUGAGAAAAGUGUACAGAACACCAUCACACAGUGGAUUGUAGAUAUGGAAGGCGCACCUGGCACAUUGUAUGAAGGAGAGAAAUUUCAGCUGCUUUUCAAAUUUAGUAGUCGAUAUCCUUUUGAUUCACCUCAGGUAAUGUUCACAGGAGAGAAUAUACCUGUCCACCCACAUGUGUAUAGCAACGGUCACAUCUGUUUAUCUAUUCUGACGGAAGACUGGUCACCAGCCCUCUCUGUGCAAUCAGUUUGUCUUAGUAUUAUCAGCAUGCUGUCCAGCUGCAAAGAAAAGAGACGACCACCUGAUAACUCAUUUUACGUAAGAACGUGUAACAAAAAUCCAAAGAAAACUAAAUGGUGGUAUCAUGAUGAUACAUGCUAAUGUACAAACUUUGUAAUAUUCGUAGAAGAAAGAAGUCCUACUGACCUACAUAAAGCACUUUUUAAUCAUUCAGUCUUUGAACUCUGACCUUUGACUGGAAUAACGGACACCAUACGCUGGAGGCUCUUGACUGCAUUUUCCAAGCAGGCAGAUGGCUGCAUGUUUUAGUUGGUUUGUAACAUAGAAAAUGAAAAUAAACGGAGAUUUAGAAGCACCCAAGAUGUAUGGUUUUUGGCGAACAAGAUAUGAAUGCAGCGAGAAAAGAGGCAGAUUCGUAGGGAGACGAUUUUAAAACUCCAGUUUUGGUGAUUAUUACUUCUUUGUGUGUGGGUGCAUUUUAAGAUGUUUGUGUUGUGCAAUACUGACUGAUGGAUGCAUGCUAGGGCCUGCAAAGAGAAACACUAAUGUUAUUGUUUUCUAGAAGGGAUCUGACCAUCAAGCCCCAAGAAAAUGCUUCAUCUGUAUUUUUUGUUUGCUUUUCCAUUAUUAUUUUUUUUAUUGUUAUGCACUGUGAACGGAUCUGGUUUAAAAAGGAACUAUUCAUACGUUAACUGUGACUUGCUGAUACUGCAAGUUGUUUCAAACCACUGUAUCAAGAUUAUAGUUUUCUCUUCAUCUUCCAUCUUGGGACCUGGUUGCCGUUCUUCCUUCUGUGGUACAAAUGGGGAUAAAACAGAUAAGGUGAUGCAUCAGUAGUGAUGUGUGGGCCUCAGUGCACAUCUUCUCCUAAGGUUUGGGUUGUUGUCACUGGUCCAGCCAUUAAGAUGUGCAGCAGCCUCUCUCCCACUGAAAGAAUGUCUGUCAGAGAACAUUGAUUCAUUUUUAUAUGUACGAUUAUAUAUUUAUGUAUUUUUUAAUUAACAUGCUUUAAUUUUCUGUCUUUUAAACAUUUGAUUGUAAAUUUGCUUUUGUACUUUUUCUGACUAGCUGAUGCUUUGGAAAGGGGGUUGUUUUGAAGUGUCGGUUUGUCUGUUGUUGUUUCGUUGGUAUUUGUUAUUUAAUUUAAAUCCUCAUUUGAUCUCCAGAGCAGCAAUGAAUGACGAAAAAGAAGUAAAGAAAGCUUUUGUGGCGUUCCCCCUGUCAGAGUUUUGGCUCAGGUACUUUUUCAAUAAAGAGAUCACCUCUAAAAGAUACCUAAUAAAUAUUUUGAAUUUAACUAUAUUUUCAUCAAAAGAGACUGUUAUGUUAUAAACUUAAUACAUUGUCUGAAAAUAUUGUAUAUAGGUCUUUAAAAUGUUUGAUGAUGCGACAGAACAAAAGACGCAUUUAGUUUCUGGCUGAAUGAUGAAAGGAGUGCUUUACUUCACUGGAAGUUAGUCUUUUGCUAAUUCUGAUAUGUACAGUCAGCUGCAGACAUAAGUUGAUACAUAAAAAUAUUAAAAAGUUAGUAGUUUCACAGUGGGCAUGCAUGCAAUUUUAAACCCUACCCUUUCAUACCGACAUCAAACAUUGUGAUGACUUUUAGUCUUUCCAGCCUGUAGGACCUUUUUUCCAGAUGAAUAUCACAGAGCUCACCUUUAGAGGCUGUGGUCAAUUCAGGCUGUCACUCCAUUCCUUAUUAAACUUUUAUCUGGUAAGAUACUUGAAUUUUCCAACUUGGGUUGUUUAUAUUAACCUUUUUUGGGGGUGAGGUGGGGUUGAUCUAGCUGGGUUUCUUUAGUGAAUGUGAUGAUGCCACAGCUAUCUCAAAAACUAUAGAUAAAGAAUAAUUUGAGAAAAUGUUUUAUUUUUUUUUUCAAUUAUAAUGGCUGUUGUUGGCUGUCAUUGUGCUAUGAGGACAAAAGGUUGUGAAGUAAAUGUAAAUGCAGUCAGAACAGCAAGUAUGCAGAGGCAAAAAGGCCUUUAUCCAACAGGCAGUAGAUGAGUUUCUAGAACUUGAGUGAAUAUGUUACAAAGAGUUUUGUUUCUCAUGGCUAUUUUGGUUCUUUUUUUUUCAUUGUGUUUUGAACUUUUAGUUUGCAGGUUGUUGUGAGUGAUAAACACUAAUGAGGGUGUGUUAUUUAUAUUUAAAAUGUGUUCUGGGAUGUGCAAGCUCCAUGUAAUAGGUGCCUGUUCAUUUUCAUAAUCAAUAAUAAAGCAAAAACUCACUUUUAA